AUGGCUGCUGCUAGAUCUGAGGAGCGGCCAUGGCUCUUCCUGUGGCUGGCGGUGUGCUUGGCGGGGGUGGGUACGUGCAGGGGAGCCCAGCUGGGCACGUACAUAGUUCAAAUGUCCCCGUCGGAGAAGCCCGACGCCUUCGCGCAGCAUCUCGAGUGGUACGUCUCCACGGUGCGGUCGGUGGCAGCGGAGGCCCGUGCGGAGGGCGAUGGCGGCGGCGACGUCGAGGACGCGGCGGGGAGGAUCGUCUACAGUUACGACACGGCCUUCCACGGCUUCGCUGCGCGGCUGAGUGAGGUGGAGGCCGCUCAGCUGGGGGACCAAGCCGGGGUGGUGGCCGUGUACCCGGAGAACGUCUACGAGCUGCACACGACGCGGAGCCCCGGCUUCCUCGGGCUGCAGUCGCAGGCCUUCGUCGGCAUCUGGUCGAACGCCAUCGCCAGCCACGACGUCAUCGUCGGGGUGCUCGACACCGGGAUAUGGCCGGAGAGCCCCAGCUUUAGCGACAGCGGCAUGGGGCCGGUGCCGGAGCGGUGGAAGGGCGCCUGCGAGACGGCGGAGGACUUCAAGAGGAGCAGCUGCAACAGGAAGAUCAUCGGCGCCCGGAUCUUCUACCGGGGCUAUGAGGCCUCCACCGGCGCACUCGACGCCAAGGAGAAGUCAGUGCGGGAUCAGGACGGGCACGGCACGCACACGGCAGCCACCGCGGCGGGCUCCGCCGUGCCCGGUGCGAAUUUCAUGGGCUACGCCGAGGGGACUGCCCGAGGGAUGGCGCCGGGGGCGAGGUUGGCCGUCUACAAGGUCUGCUGGGCCGGCGGGUGCUUCAGCUCCGACAUACUGUCGGCGGUGGAUAGGGCCGUGGCCGACGGGGUGGACGUCGUGUCCAUCUCGCUCGGCGGGGGGGUGUCGUCGUACCACCGGGACAGCCUCUCGGUGGCGGCAUUCGGCGCCAUGGAGAAGGGGGUCUUCGUCGCCUGCUCGGCGGGGAACUCCGGGCCGGAUCCGAGCAGCCUCACCAACGUGGCCCCGUGGAUAGCCACCGUGGGGGCGAGCUCCAUGGACAGGGACUUCCCUGCCUCGGUGAAGCUCGGCGACGGGGGGAACAUCUCCGGCGUCUCCCUUUACAGGGGCCGCCGCUACCUGUCGGGGCAGAAGCAGUACCCCCUCAUCUACCUAGGCGGCAACGCCAGCAGCGCCGCCGACCCCAAGGCCCUCUGCCUGGACGGAGCCCUGGACCCGCACCUGGUCGCCGGGAAGAUCGUCCUCUGCGAGCGAGGUAUCACCGCGCGGGUGCAGAAGGGGCAGGUAGUGAAGCAGGCCGGCGGGGUGGGGAUGAUCCUUGCCAACACCGCCGCCAACGGUGAAGAGCUGGUGGCGGACAGCCACCUUCUCCCGGCGGUGGCGGUGGGGGAGGCCGAGGGGGCGGCCAUCAAGCGGUACGCGAAGGCCGACCAUCGCGCUUCCGCCACCCUGACCUUCUCAGGGACGAGGCUGGGCAUCCGGCCGUCGCCGGUGGUGGCCGCGUUCUCAUCCCGGGGGCCCAACUUCCUCACCCUGGAGGUCCUCAAGCCGGACCUGAUCGCCCCAGGCGUGAACAUCCUCGCGGCGUGGAGCGACGCUAUCAGCCCAUCGAGCCUCCCCGUCGACCGCCGGCGGGUAGGCUUCAACAUCCUCUCCGGCACCUCCAUGUCGUGCCCGCACGUCGCCGGAGUCGCCGCCCUGCUCAAGGCGCGCCACCCGGACUGGAGCCCGGCGGCGAUCAAGUCCGCCCUGAUGACCACCGCCUACGUCCGGGACAAUACCCGGCGGCCCCUGAGGGACGCCGCAACGGGCGGGGAGUCUAACCACUACGCCCACGGCGCCGGCCACAUCGACCCGUCCAAGGCGCUCGACCCGGGCCUCGUCUACGACAUUAGCCGGCAGGAUUACAUCGACUUCCUAUGCACGCAGAAGCUCACGCCACCGCAGAUGAGGGUCUUCACCAAGUCCGCCGGCCAGGCCUGCCGGGCUCCGCCGGGCUCCGCCGGGGACCUCAACUACCCGGCCAUCUCGGCCCUGCUGUCGUCAGCGCCGCGGCAGACGAUCCACCGGACGGUCACCAACGUCGGAGCUCCGGUCUCGACGUACCGCGUGACCGUUUCUCCGUUCAGCGGCGCCACCUUGGUGGUCGAGCCGAGCAUGCUGCAUUUCACCCAGAAAGGCCAGAAGCUGCAGUACAAGGUGACUUUCGUCAAGAAGGCCCGCCAGCCGGCGCCGGAGUUCGGAGCUCUCACCUGGGAGGACGGCACCCACUCGGUCAGGACCGCGGUGGUGAUCACGUACCUUUCGCCGGCGUAG